UCUCCUUUUAAUGAUGUACCUUUUUAUAAUAUGUUUAGUCAUCCUUUCUAAUUGUUUUCCAUCACAGGUCAGGUGCUGGCGAAUGUUUGACUCCCCUCUCCCUCUCCCCAAGCUUCGCCAUCAUGCGGAAAAGCCUCUUUACCCCACCCUUCUGCACAGCAAUCAAACAAAAUAGCACUCCUGCCGAACAAUGCCAGAUGCCAUAUUUAGAGGGAGGCUGCUUUAUAAAAGAGGGAGAGGAUGGCCAGGCCACGGACAGGAAUCUGAACUUCAAUCAUCCAACGAGCAGCAACAGCAUAGAGUUUCACUGAGGAGGUGAACGGCUGAGACUAAAAGAUGGGAGAUGCGUUGAUGGAGGAGUUUGGGCCCGCUGCCCCGUACCUGAGGAAGUCAGACAGGGAGCGUCUGGAGGCCCAAACCCGCCCCUUUGACAUGAAGAGGGAAUGCUUUGUUCCUGAUGCAGAAGAGGAGUAUGUGAAAGGAACGAUUUCAAGUCGAGAUGGAGACAAAGUCACGUGUGAGACCUCCAAAGGGACAACUGUGACCGUCAAGGAAUGUGACGUUCACCCUCAGAACCCGCCAAAGUUCGAUAAAAUUGAGGACAUGGCGAUGUUCACCUUCCUGCACGAGCCUGCUGUGCUGUUUAACCUCAAAGAGCGUUAUGCAGCCUGGAUGAUCUACACCUACUCUGGGCUCUUCUGUGUAACUGUUAACCCCUACAAGUGGCUGCCAGUGUACAACCAAGAAGUCGUCCUUGCCUACAGAGGCAAGAAGAGGAGUGAAGCUCCUCCCCACAUCUUCUCCAUCUCUGACAAUGCCUACCAGUACAUGCUGUCAGACAGGGAAAACCAGUCUAUUCUCAUUACUGGAGAAUCCGGUGCUGGGAAAACUGUGAACACCAAGAGAGUCAUUCAGUAUUUUGCCAGUAUUGCUGCUGGAGGAAUCAAGAGGGACCCCAAUGACAAAAAGGGUACUCUGGAGGAUCAAAUCAUUCAGUGUAAUCCUGCUCUGGAGGCCUUUGGUAACGCCAAGACCAUCAGAAAUGACAACUCCUCUCGAUUUGGCAAGUUCAUCCGAAUCCACUUUGCUGCGUCUGGAAAGCUUGCCUCUGCUGAUAUUGAGACUUAUCUUCUGGAGAAGUCCCGUGUCACUUUCCAGCUUAAAGCUGAGAGAGACUACCAUAUCUUCUACCAGAUCCUGUCUCAGAGAAAACCUGAACUACUGGAAAUGCUACUUAUUACUGCUAAUCCCUAUGACUACGCCUUCAUCUCCCAAGGAGAGACUCAAGUGGCCUCCAUUGAUGAUAGAGACGAGCUAAUGGCUACUGAUGAAGCUUUUGAUGUGCUGGGCUUCACCCAAGAGGAGAAGAACAGCAUCUACAAGCUGACUGGUGCCAUCAUGCACUAUGGCAACAUGAAGUUCAAGCAGAAGCAGAGGGAGGAGCAGGCUGAGGCUGACGGCACUGAGGAUGCUGACAAGUCAGCUUAUCUCAUGGGUCUGAACUCUGCUGAUCUGAUUAAGGGUUUGUGCCACCCAAGAGUCAAAGUAGGGAAUGAGUGGGUCACCAAGGGGCAGAAUGUCCAGCAGGUGUACUAUGCUGUUGGUGCACUGUCUAAGUCAGUGUAUGAGAAGAUGUUUCUUUGGAUGGUUGUGAGAAUUAACCAAUCACUGGACACCAGGCAGCCUCGCCAAUACUUUAUAGGUGUGCUGGACAUUGCUGGCUUUGAGAUCUUUGAUUUCAACACCUUUGAGCAGCUGUGCAUCAACUUCACUAAUGAGAAGUUGCAGCAGUUCUUCAACCACCACAUGUUUGUGCUGGAGCAAGAAGAGUACAAGAAGGAGGGUAUUGAGUGGGAGUUCAUUGACUUCGGCAUGGACUUGCAGGCCUGCAUUGAUCUCAUUGAAAAGCCCAUGGGUAUCAUGUCCAUCCUUGAAGAGGAGUGCAUGUUCCCCAAGGCCAGCGAUUCUACAUUCAAAGCUAAGCUUUAUGACAACCACUUGGGAAAGUCUGCAAACUUCCAGAAGCCCAGGAUUGUGAAGGGUAAACCCGAAGCUCACUUCUCCCUGGUUCACUAUGCUGGUACUGUGGACUACAACAUCAUGAACUGGCUGGUGAAGAACAAGGACCCCCUCAAUGAAACUGUUGUGGGGUUGUAUCAGAAGUCCACAAUGAAAUUGUUGUCUAAUCUGUUUGCAAAUUACGCCGGUGCUGAUUCAGCCGCGGAAGGUGGUGGUGGAAAAGGCAAAGAGAAGAAGAAAAAAGGAUCUUCUUUCCAGACUGUGUCUGCCCUUCACAGGGAGAACUUGAACAAGCUGAUGACCAACCUGAGAUCAACUCACCCCCACUUUGUGCGCUGCAUCAUCCCCAACGAGACCAAGACUCCUGGGGCCAUGGAGAAUCCUCUCGUCAUGCACCAGCUGCGCUGUAACGGUGUGCUGGAGGGCAUCAGAAUCUGCAGAAAGGGAUUCCCCAACAGGAUCCUGUACGGUGACUUUAAACAGAGAUACCGUAUUCUGAAUCCUGCAGCAAUUCCUGAUGGGCAGUUCAUUGACAGUAGAAAGGGAGCUGAGAAAUUGUUGGGUUCCUUGGAUAUUGAUCAUAAUCAGUACAAGUUUGGACAUACUAAGGUAUUUUUCAAAGCUGGUCUCCUGGGUCUUCUUGAGGAGAUGAGAGACGAUCGUCUUGCUCUCAUCAUCACUCGUCUUCAGGCCUGUUCACGAGGUCUUCUCUCAAGAAUUGAGUUCCAGAAGAUUGUUGAGCGCAGAGACGCCUUGCUUGUUAUCCAGUGGAACGUCCGUGCCUUCAUGGGUGUUAAGAACUGGCCCUGGAUGAAGCUGUACUUCAAGAUUAAGCCACUCCUAAGGUCUGCUGAGGCUGAGAAAGAAAUGGCCAACAUGAAGGAGGAAUUCUUGAAGCUGAAAGAAGCCUAUGCCAAAUCUGAAGCUCGCAGAAAGGAGCUUGAAGAGAAAAUGGUCACACUUCUCCAAGAGAAAAAUGACCUGCAACUCCAAGUCCAGGCUGAGCAAGAUAAUCUCUGUGAUGCUGAGGAGAGAUGUGAGGGUCUGAUCAAAAACAAGAUCCAACUUGAAGCAAAAAGCAAAGAGCUGACUGAGAGACUGGAGGAUGAAGAAGAGAUGAAUGCUGAGUUAACUGCUAAAAAGAGGAAGCUUGAAGAUGAAUGCUCUGAGCUUAAGAAAGAUAUUGAUGAUCUGGAGCUUACUCUGGCCAAAGUGGAGAAGGAGAAGCAUGCCACAGAGAAUAAGGUUAAAAACCUGACAGAAGAAAUGGCAGCUCUGGAUGAAAUCAUUGCAAAGCUGACCAAGGAGAAGAAAGCUCUCCAGGAGGCCCAUCAGCAAACGCUGGAUGACCUACAGAGUGAGGAGGACAAAGUCAACACUCUGACCAAGGCCAAAGCCAAGUUGGAGCAACAAGUUGAUGAUCUUGAGGGAUCCCUCGAGCAAGAAAAGAAAAUUCGAAUGGAUCUUGAGCGUGCUAAGAGAAAGCUUGAGGGAGACUUAAAGUUGACCCAAGAGAAUGUCAUGGACCUGGAAAAUGACAAACAACAGCUGGAGGAGAGACUGAAAAAGAAAGACUUUGAGAUCAGUCAGCUCAACAGCAAGAUUGAGGAUGAACAGGCAUUAGCAGCACAGCUCCAGAAGAAACUGAAGGAGCUGCAGGCCCGUAUUGAGGAACUUGAAGAAGAGCUAGAGGCUGAAAGAGCAGCCCGUGCAAAGGUUGAAAAGCAGAGAGCAGACCUGGCCAGAGAACUGGAGGAGAUCAGCGAGAGGCUGGAGGAGGCUGGUGGAGCCACUGCUGCCCAGAUAGAGAUGAACAAGAAGAGAGAGGCAGAGUUCCAGAAAGUUCGCAGAGACCUUGAAGAGGCCACUCUGCAGCAUGAAGCAACUGCUGCUACACUGAGGAAGAAACAUGCUGACAGCGUGGCUGACCUAGGAGAACAGAUUGAUAACCUUCAGAGAGUGAAGCAGAAGCUGGAAAAAGAGAAGAGUGAACUGAGACUGGAGCUGGAUGAUGUGGUCUCCAACAUGGAGCAGAUUGUGAAGUCUAAGACAAACCUGGAAAAAAUGUGCAGGACACUUGAGGACCAGAUGAGUGAGUACAGGACGAAAUAUGAGGAAGGACAGCGCAGCAUCAAUGACUUCAGCAUGCAAAAAGCUAAACUACAAACUGAGAAUGGUGAACUUUCAAGACAGCUGGAGGAGAAGGAUUCCCUGGUCUCUCAGCUGACCAGAGGAAAGCAGUCUUACACCCAACAGAUUGAGGAUCUCAAGAGGCAACUAGAAGAGGAAGUAAAGGCUAAGAAUGCCCUGGCCCAUGCAGUGCAGUCUGCCCGCCAUGACUCAGAGUUGCUGAGAGAGCAGUAUGAAGAGGAACAGGAGGCCAAGGCUGAGCUGCAACGCAGUCUCUCCAAGGCCAACUCUGAGGUGGCUCAGUGGAGGACCAAGUAUGAAACUGAUGCCAUCCAGAGGACAGAAGAGCUGGAGGAUGCAAAGAAGAAGCUGGCUCAACGUCUGCAAGAUGCAGAAGAAGCUGUGGAAGCCAUCAAUGCUAAAUGCUCCUCUCUAGAGAAGACCAAGCACAGGCUACAGAAUGAGAUUGAGGAUCUUAUGGUUGAUGUGGAAAGAUCCAACGCUGCUGCUGCUGCUCUGGACAAGAAGCAAAGGAACUUUGACAAGAUCCUUGCUGAAUGGAAGCAGAAGUAUGAAGAGUCUCAGACUGAGCUGGAGAGCUCCCAAAAGGAGGCCAGAUCUCUUAGUACUGAACUCUUCAAACUGAAGAAUUCGUAUGAGGAAUCCCUUGAUCACCUGGAGACCAUGAAGAGAGAGAACAAGAACCUCCAAGAGGAAAUUUCUGACCUUACUGAGCAAAUUGGUGAGAGUGGCAAAAGUAUUCAUGAACUGGAGAAAAUUAGAAAACAGCUGGAGCAGGAAAAGGCUGAGAUUCAGACUGCUCUUGAAGAGGCUGAGGCCUCCCUUGAGCAUGAGGAAGGAAAGAUCUUGCGAGCUCAGCUGGAGUUCAACCAGGUGAAGGCUGAUAUUGAGCGUAAGUUGGCUGAGAAGGAUGAGGAGAUGGAGCAGGCCAAGAGGAACCAGCAGAGAGUGGUGGACACCUUGCAGAGCUCUCUGGAGUCUGAGACUCGCAGCAGAAACGAGGCCCUCAGGAUUAAGAAGAAGAUGGAGGGAGACCUCAACGAGAUGGAGAUCCAGCUCAGUCAGGCUAACAGGCAGGCCUCAGAGGCACAGAAGCAACUCAAGAGCCUCCAUGGACAUAUGAAGGAUGCCCAGCUGCAACUGGAUGAAGCUCUCCGUGCUAACGAUGAUCUCAAAGAGAACAUUGCCAUUGUGGAGAGACGCAACAAUCUGCUGCAGGCUGAACUGGAUGAGCUGAGAUCUCUGGUGGAGCAGACUGAGAGAGGCCGCAAACUGGCUGAGCAGGAACUGCUGGAUGUCAGCGAGAGGGUUCAACUCCUCCACUCUCAGAACACCAGCCUGCUGAACCAGAAGAAGAAGCUGGAGGGAGACACAUCCCAGCUUCAGACUGAGGUAGAGGAGGCUGUACAAGAAUGCAGGAAUGCUGAGGAAAAGGCCAAGAAAGCCAUCACUGAUGCUGCCAUGAUGGCAGAAGAGCUGAAGAAGGAGCAGGACACCAGUGCUCACCUGGAGCGCAUGAAGAAGAACAUGGAGCAAACCAUCAAGGACCUGCAGCAUCGUCUGGAUGAAGCUGAGCAAAUCGCAAUGAAGGGAGGCAAGAAGCAGGUCCAGAAACUGGAGGCCAGGGUGAGAGAGCUUGAAACUGAGGUGGAGAUUGAACAGAGAAAGGCCAGUGAUUCUGUGAAAGGAAUACGCAAAUAUGAGAGACGCAUCAAGGAGCUCACCUACCAGACUGAAGAAGACCGCAAAAAUCUGGCUCGUCUUCAAGAUCUAGUAGACAAGCUCCAAUUGAAAGUGAAGUCCUAUAAGAGGACUGCAGAGGAGGCUGAGGAGCAGGCCAAUUCCCAUCUUGGAAAGUUCCGCAAGCUGCAGCAUGAGCUGGAUGAGGCAGAGGAGAGAGCUGAUAUUGCAGAAAGUCAGGUCAACAAGCUGAGAGCCAAAAGCCGUGAUAUUGUCACCAAGAAAGGUCAUGAUGAAGAGUGAAGCAACCACCCAACUGUCCCUGAAACGUUUGAUCCCUGUGCUUUAGGUCUUCUUUUUGACUUUUGCCAUCUGUAGAUAAGUAGAAUAAAUGCACUAUGAAAAUAAA